CAGUUGCUGAUGAUUUCACGGCAACAGCAGUGGAACAGAGUGCACUCAGAUGGCUGGUUACUGAAUGAGAUACUGCAGAUGGAUGAAAAGAGAAAGGACGGUGUGUGAGAGAGAGUGGGAGAGACGCAGAGAGAAGCUGAGAGCAAGGAAAGUGCUCUGGCUCAAGGAGAGCCUUCCAGGUGUGCUGCAGAAGCUUUUUGGAAUUGGAUGCAAGGACCAUCUGCUGCCUAUAGAUUAGAGGGAGAGAAAGAGCUUAUGGCUCCUUUGAAUAAAGAUCGAAGUUCUGCAUAACUGAUUCAUCGAGAUAAAUAAUGAGUGUGCUCUUGCAUGGGAUAUUAAUGUAUAAAUCCAUGCUACAGAUAAAUUACAGACUACAUUGCUGUAAAAAACAAAACCGGCAACAAUGCAGUGAAUAAAUUCUGCAGUGAUUAUUUGAUUAAGAAAAGAAAGAGAAGCAAACCACAGACAGUUCUUACCACACUGUGGCUUUCGUAAGGCACUGCAUUUAAUGCUGAGAGAUGCUAUACAUUAAAUCUGGUAACUGUGAAAAGAGAGAUCAUGGAGAAGUCAAGUAGUGAGGAUUCUUCAAUUCACCGGAGUCCAUCUUUGGAUAGCAAAGACUCAGAUUUUGCUAAACCUUCUACCUCAGGGAGGCAGUUUGGCCGAGGUUUUACUGCUGGAGCUUUCUAUGGUACAACUGGAUCACGCACACAGAGCCAUACUGGAGUUGGAACCAGCACCGGCAUUGGGACUGGCACAAAAAGUGACAAAUACAGUGCACCCAAGGGCAGCAAAUACGUGGUCUUUUACCUGGAUCUAUCCUUUGUUUUCCUUUUAGAAUUUAAGAAGUGCAACAUGGCAAGAGGCUGCCUGUGUUGUUUGAAAUACAUGAUGUUCCUUUUCAAUUUAAUAUUUUGGUUAUGUGGCUGUGGGCUGCUGGGUGUGGGCAUCUGGCUGUCGGUGUCGCAAGGAAACUUUGCCACAUUUUCUCCUAGCUUUCCCUCACUUUCAGCUGCCAACCUAGUCAUUGCCAUUGGCACAAUCAUCAUGGUGACCGGCUUUCUGGGCUGCCUAGGUGCUAUCAAAGAAAACAAGUGCCUCCUGUUGAGUUUUUUCAUCAUUCUGCUCAUAAUUCUCCUGGCAGAGCUGAUACUACUAAUUUUGUUCUUUGUUUAUAUGGACAAGGUCAGUGAGAGUGCAAAGAAGGAUUUGAAGGAAGGAAUGAAGCUCUACAAUUCAGAAAAUAAUGUUGGACUGAAAAAUGCAUGGAAUAUCAUUCAAGCAGAGAUGAAAUGCUGUGGUGUGAAUGACUUUACGGAUUGGUACCCAGUGCUGGGAGAAAACACUGUUCCAGACAGAUGUUGUACAGAAAACUCCCAAGACUGUGGACGGAAUUCCACUGGAUUAGUGUGGAAAACGGGAUGUUAUGAGAGAGUCAUGACCUGGUUUGAUGAGAAUAAGCAUGUCCUUGGUUCAGUUGGGAUGUGCAUCCUCAUAAUGCAGAUUCUUGGCAUGGCCUUCUCCAUGACACUCUUCCAGCAGAUUCACAGGACUGGCAAAAAGUACGAUGCUUAAAGCCUCUGAAACGUUAUCACAUCAACCCUUCUGUCUCAUCGUACAGAUGAAUGAAAGAAAUUACUUCCAAAAGUAUCAAGCCUAGCCCUGCUGAGGGAAUCCGUCCCAUUGACCAAUCUACUUUGUUGUUACUCAUCCAGUUAUUUUACUCAUUUUCAUGUCACUUUCUCACUUGCCAAAGAGGGGGGAAACCUCCCCAAACAGAUGGAUUAUCUGCAUGAAAUCGUAGACCUGCUCUAAGAACAUUUCUUAACUGAAGAAAAUGUUUUGCUCUACUAAUCCAUGUGCAAAAGUUACGCGUGGUCAUCUUCGAGGGAGAAUUCUUCAAAGUCUUCCAUUAAGUUUUCAACCCUCACAUUUAAUUUACUGGAAGACUGGGAAAAGCCACUCUAACUGAGAGUCCUAGUAAUUUGAGCUGCUUUGCUUUGCAGCUGCUUGUACCUUACAGUGUAUACUUUUUUAUGAUGAUAAUGAUUAUUAUUAUAAUGAUGGUUAUAGCUUAGAAUUUAGUUGCCUCUCAUUACUUCUGUUUCUGUUUUUACACAUUUAUUGUACAUUAAUCUAGGAACCACUGUGUGAUCUCAGAGGACAAAGCUGAUGGUGCAAGCAAAUAAAGACAUAACUUUUCUUAAGUCUGUGGGAAGACAUCAAUCACCUACCUUUAUCAGGGCCUUGAUGUCUGUACUGUAACAAAGGUGGUGCCUUUCAACUCAGAGACUCUUCCUGAGAUGGAAUGCAAUGCCUUCCCAUUGGAGCGGAUGGUGAGCUUUCUACUCCUGUGAGCCCUUUGCUCAUCCAAAGCAGUGUCUGGCUACUUUGAUGCUGUGCUACUUUGAAAGCUGAAAGUAGUGACUAGGCAAGUUACUUCUCCCCUAACAUGAAGCAGAGAGAUUUCAACCUGACCAGUUGGCAGCAGACUUCACAGAUUGUGUGGUCUGCUUCAAAAUGUUUGUCCUAGGCACAUCAUUCUGCUGGAUAUGAGGGAAGUGGAUGGCAGUUUGAUGGCAACAUUGUCAUGCUAGGCCCUUCCUCACAGGCAGACAACAGCUGUCUCCUUGAGCUGGAAAACAGGGCCUGAUGAAAGGUGACCAGACAAUGCAGGAAAGGGGCAAUUUCCAAAGCAGCACUCAGAGGCAGUAUGUGUUCUCAUGCUUUCAGUACAGAAUUGCUUUAUCCAAUGGGCUAGUUCAGAGUUCACUUCAAUGCAUAUUUUUACCAACAUUCCUGUUAGAAAACUUGAAUAUAUAUUUCUAUAGUUUGAAUGCAGCUUCAUUGCAAGUAGUCUCCAUUUACCUUUCGUUCCAAGUUUUUUGCUGUUUUAUGAAGGAAGAACAGGCACAGACACUGGAGUGUGUUGCUUUUUAAACUUCAGUCAGGGCUCAACUCAGUUCUAGAAGAAACACGACUUUUUAUAUUAGCAGGAGUCAUAAAUGAUCUUCUUGUGGAGGUCAUCCUCAUCCAAUUACGGUUACCUCACCCCGUGUCACUCUCAAAAGAGUACUGUCAUCUAAGCCAUGAGGUUUACUGUGAUAUUAUCAGGCUGAGUUUCAGAAACUGUGGAGGAUGGAGAUUUUGUGCCUUUCCAGCCAUGCUAUGUCAAACUACUUCUCUGGAAACCAAGUUUCUCUUAAUGUCCAGUCUGAAUGCUUCAAACUGUUAACAGAUAGACCUUUUGUUGUAUCAUUCAGCCUGUCAUUUCCUUGUGGGCUGAAAUAACUGUCAAGCCACCUCAUAUCAGGAAGUUUUUGGUCCCUUGUUUAUCUUUGUAUUAGGUCUGGAAUGCACCUGUACAUCUGGCAGCAAUGCUGUUUUGUGUGGCUCAUGUGUCACUUUUGUUUUAAUUGAGUUCUUAUGAAAUCAGUGUGACAGGAAGGAGUGUGAUGUGCAGGAGGUAAGAAGGUUGCUAUUCCUAAAGCAUGGUCUUUGCCCCUAUGAGCACAAUGCCCAAAGUCCUACAGGGCUUUUGUUUCCCACUGAAACAGACAAUGACAUAUGGGUUCAACUUGUAUUGCCUUUGAAAGAGUAAGGGAAGAAGCAGAGGAAAAGCACAAAAAGUGAAUCCAGUUUUACUUCCAUUUCUAACAAAAAUUGGGACCAGGAGCAUCUGAGCCCCACUGGAGAUGGACAUUCUAUGUUGAAGACGGGGCUCUGUUGCCCAGUGCAUUUGCUGCUACAUGUAAGACUGUACCCAAAGUUGCUAAGAUGUGUUCCUGUUUUUGAAGAAAAGCUAGGAUGAUUUUCACCUGAUGGCUCCGCUGCAUUCUGCCUUUGGGCAAAGGCGCUUAGCUUUCUCUAGCUUUCUUUGGCAUUCAGAGGAGCAGGGCGCAGCGCUGAACAGGAGUGUCACCUCUGUCCUUUGGGGUUGUACAGUGGUACCUGCCACAUCUUAAAUUUUAAUCUGCAAUCAGUUUUUGUACAAAAUAAAAAAGUUAAAGAUAUUAAAGUACUAAGGAAAUAAAAAAUGUUUAUGAGUAACUAAGAGAUAAAAUGUGUAGUUGCAAACUCAACUACUUUGUCAUCCAUCCAAACUUACUGUUCUAGAAUACUUCAUUCCAUUUUAUGUAGAUCCUGAACCUUAUUUUGACUACUUUUGGCAUUUCAAGCACAGUAUUAAGUGACAUAUUUACACAAGCUUCAUGUACUCAUCUAUGAAGCCACCUACAGGGAGGGAGUCAAAAGCAGGGCUGCUUGGUGUCUCUGGCUGACUUGCUGGUGUGGGAAGUGACAUCCUGAAAGGAACAGCAAAGUAAUGCCAUUUUCCUGGCAAAAGAAAUUAGCAAGGCUGCAUCAGUCAGUUUGUUACAGAAGACACUAAGUGGUCAAAGGGAGCUUUGGCUCAUGCAUGUAUGCACUUUUUUUGCUUAUGCCGGUGAGUGGCUUUCUGUGUGUUUUCCCCAAAUGUCACUCUGAUUAUUCAAGUAUGAGGUUUUUUUGCAUGUUUUUAAAUAAAAGCUGAUGCUGAGUAAAAGUAUCUUUAACAGACACAAAAAUGGGUUUGUAUAAAUACCUAUCUCUCUGUAUCUCUAAUCCAUGAAAGCACAGUUCAGAAGUAUGCAAGUGCUAUUUCCUUGAGCGUCCCUUCAGACUGUAACAUACGUGCCACCUCACUGUGCUUCACUCGUGGAAGCUGCAGCAGGUCUUAAGCAGAGGCAUAAUAGGAGAACUGUUUGAAAAAGUUCCACUUGAAAGCUGCUGAAGUGAUGGCAGUGAAUUCUGUUCCCUCCUGGUGGUACUAAGCUUGCUAGAGGAAGCCCAGGUGGAGGGUGCUCAGAAGUACCCAUAGCUAAGUAGCACAUGAGAUGAUAAAAAUAGCAUAAAUGGUUCCAGGAUGACAAAAGAUGCCUUGAAUACAUCAUUCAUUGACUUCCUAAGAGCAUAGUCCUGUUGGGCCAACUCUCCCAUCUUCUGUCCACUCCCCAUUUCUAUGCAUGAAAUACAAGCUCACACAUGGGAAAGGUGCUAGCAGAGGGCAGCCAAAGGGAUCCUCAAGGGCUUUCCUGGCUAGGCACAGAAAAUGCAAGGAGGAAAAGGAUGUUUUCCUGGGAGCAGCAUGGAAAAGGACACACAUAAUUCUGAUGUAACUUCUUCCCAUAGACUUGAGCAGCUUCAUCCUGUAUCUGGUAUGGGGAAACUUGAAGGUGUUUGCUUAUGGGCUAGCCAUCUGUUGUGCAGUAGGUAAUAGACGCUAAGAAACAACAUGCCAUUCCUACUAGGUGAUGUUUGCACCAGUGUUUCUUCUAUGCAAUAUCUACUUUCACCUUUCUAUAAAAGAUUUUUACUAGGAUGAUAUAAAAAAUAAAGGAGUUUUUAAAAUGUGA